AUUCAAAUAAUGAAAACCUAAUGUCGGAAGAAGUUGUAGAGUACUUAUGGCCGUUUGGUGGGGCCAAUCUUCGUCUGACGUAGUAUGUUAUUUACCCCGCUAGGAACGGAAUUCGCCCGCAGGCUGACUAAACGGGCCUGCCUCAUAGCUUUACACAGCAACGACUUCUGUGCGGAUCACUAGUGGAUUCGUAAAUAGGUGUCGUUUUGAGAAUAUUUCGCCACAAGAUUCCCCUAUUCAUACAGGAGCAGAGUCCUGUUGCAAUGAGUGACAGAGUACAUCCAACUGUUCGCGUUGCGGUCACACAGCAUGAGCCUUUGUGGCUCGAUCUGGAAGGCGCAAUUCAAAAGACAAUAAGCAUUAUCAAAGAAGCUGCCGAAGCCGAAGCCAAACUUGUUGCCUUCCCAGAAUGCUGGAUUCCUGGAUACCCUGCUUGGAUCUGGAGCCGCCCAAUCGAUUUUGAUCUGGGAACUAGAUACGUGCAAAACUCCCUGAAGACGGACAGUGAGGAAAUGAAGCGUAUUUGUACCGCUGCCGCCGAUAACAAGAUAAACGUAUCCUUGGGCUUCUCUGAGCGUGACGGCGAUUCUGUGUACAUCGCGCAAGCUUUGAUCAGCGAGUAUGGCGAGAUCAAGAUGACCCGUCGCAAAAUGAAACCGACACACAUGGAGCGCACGAUAUUUGGAGAUGCCACAGGCGGGAAUUCAUGCCUGUCCAAGGUCGUUGAUUUACCUGGAGUCGGUCGGGUAGGCGCCCUUUCGUGCUGGGAGCAUAUUCAACCUUUGUUGAAAUAUUACACCUUCACACAAAGUGAGCAGAUCCACGUAGCAGCAUGGCCAGCUGUCGAUGAAUUUAUAGAAGGUAGUCCUGGACUCUACUCCAUGACUACCGAAGGCUGCCGCAAUAUCUCGCAGUCUUAUGCAAUCGAGUCUCAGGCCUUUGUCCUUCACAGUACCGCUGUAAUUUCUGAAGCUGCCACUCAGAUGAUGGGGACGGUCGGCUCACCAAUCAUGGGCCAUCCUAACCAAGGAAGUUCCUGCAUCGUCGGCCCUGAUGGACGCAUCCUGAGCAAGAUCGAUAACCCUAAUGAGAAGCUCAUUGUUGCAGACCUGGAUUUGAGUUUGGUGACAAAGGCCAAGACAUUUGUAGAUGCCUCUGGGCAUUAUAGCAGGCCAGACCUUAUGUGGCUUGGAGUCGAUGAAACCCAUAAGCCUGUUGUUCGUGGAGCAGAGAGUGGUUAAUUUCGUUCUGAAACAAAUGUAAUGUCAUGAUUAUCUCACCGAUAGCGAGAUCUUUUACAGGAACCAAGGGAAAAAAAGAGCUCAGCACCUACCACAGUUACAACUCUUCAAUGCAAAAGAUAACCCCACUA